GCGUGGAGGCCGGCUGCGGGGCGGGGGCGUGCGCGCAAGCGCGUCGGGGGGGCCCUCCCCGCCUGCUCGCUCUGAGGCGCAGGCGCAGUACAGCUCGGAGAGGCCGAGGGGCUUCGUCGUUUGGCAGAUCCGGUGUCCGGCGUCCCCCGGCUCGUCAUGGCGGACGGGGGCAAGUCGUAUAUCGAGCAUGAUGACCGAGUUGGGGGUGGCUUCCCCCAAAGACGGAAGAAAGGCCGGGGCCCCUUCCGCUGGAAAUAUGGUGAGACAAAUUCACGGUCCCGAAACCGAGGUGGCCCUGGUCCCCAAGCUCCUCGCCUCGAAGAGGAGGAUGGUGAUGUAGCUAUGAGUGAUGCCCAAGAUGGUCCCCGAACCAGAUACACCCCUUACAACUCACGACCUAACCGGAGAGGAGGAGAUAACUGGCAAGACCGAGAAAGAAUUCAUGUCACUGUGCGCCGAGACAGGCCUGCCCAAGACAGAGGAGGCUCCGCUGGCUCCAGCCUGGAUGCACCCAAAAAAUGGUUCAGGAUCACAAUCCCUUAUGGCAGGAAGUACGACAAGACAUGGUUGUUGACCUCGAUCCAGAGCAAAUGCAGUGUCCCCUUCGAUCCCGUUGAGUUUCACUAUGAGAAUACCCGGGCCCAGUUUUUUGUGGAGGAUGCUAGCACAGCGUCUGCCAUCAAGGCUGUGAAUCACAAGAUUUUGGACGCGGAGAACCGAAGGAUCUCCAUCAUAAUGAACCUGUCUGCCCCUCCCCAGUCAGUGCUGGGCGAGCUCAAGCCCGAGCAGGUGGAGCACCUUAAGUCUGUCAUGAGCAAGCGCUAUGACGGCUCCCAGCAGGCCCUGGACUUGAAGGGCCUCCGCACAGACCCAGACUUGGUGGCCCAAAGCAUCGAUGUUAUCCUAAACAGAAAAAACUGUAUGUCUGCCUCCCUCCGGAUCAUCGAAGAAAACAUCCCUGAACUGCUGUCAUUGGAUCUGAGCGAUAACCGACUGUAUAAGCUGGACUAUUUGUCAGAAAUUGUGCAGAAGGCACCGAAUCUCAAGAUCCUGAACCUUUCUGGGAAUGAACUGAAGUCGGAGCGAGAGCUGGACAAGGUGAAGGGGCUGAAGUUGGACGAGCUGUGGCUCACUGGGAAUCCUCUCUGUAACGCUUUCCGGGACCAGUCCUCCUACAUGAGCGCCAUCCGGGAACGCUUCCCCAAGCUGCUUCGUCUGGACGGCCAUGAGUUGCCCCCCCCAAUUGCCUUUGAUGUGGAACCUCCUACUACGCUCCCAGCCUGCAAGGGCAGCUACUUUGGGUCAGAAAGCCUGAAGGCCAUAGUCUUGUACUUCCUGCAGCAGUAUUAUUCUGUGUAUGACUCUGGAGACAGGCAAGGGCUGCUGGACGCUUACCAUGACCAGGCCUGCUGCUCCCUCAGCAUCCCCUUUUCCUUCCAUAACCCAGCUCGGAGCAACCUGAGUGAAUACUUCAAAGACAGCAGGAACGUGAAGAAGCUCAAGGACCCCAACCUUCGCUUCCGACUGUUAAAACAUACCCGCCUCAAUGUCGUGGCCUUCCUCAACGAGCUCCCCAAGACCCAGCAUGACGUGAACGCCUUUGUGGUGGACAUCUGCGCCUUGACGGAAACACUGCUGUGCUUUGCUGUGCACGGGUUCUUUAAGGAAGUGGAUGGAAAAUCUCGAGACUCCGUCCGAGCUUUCUCCCGAGUGUUCAUCGCUGUCCCCUCCAACAAUGCUGUCAGGCUCUGUAUCGUGAAUGACGAGCUCUUCAUCAGAAACGCCACCACCGAUGAAAUCCGCGGGGCCUUCGCCAUGCCAGCUCCCACCCCCUCCUCCAGCCCUGUGCCCACUCUCUCCUCAGAGCAGCAAGAGAUGUUACAGAACUUUUCAACUCAGUCUGGCAUGAACCUGGAAUGGUCGCAAAAGUGCCUUCAGGACAACGACUGGGACUUCGCUAGAGCAGCACAGGUCUUUACCCAGUUCAAGGCUGGCGGCAAGAUCCCCGAGGUGGCGUUUCUCAAGUGACUCCUGAAGCAGCUCUCCCUGUCCCUGUCCCUUGCUUCCACCUCCUCUGGCCUGGGGCCAACAUUAUGACUGUGAACAAGGGCUGCAAAAGCCCUGGUCUCCCUUAUUGGGGAAGUGUUGAGGAAGUCUCUGCCUGGGCUGCCACCAGCGCCCGCCAGCGCCCGCGUCCUAGUCCUCCUGGAAGCCAAAGCUUUGUCUUAGGACUGACACUAAAACCAUCACGGGCCUCAGGUGGCCUUGGAAUACUCCGCCACCUGGGGGCCUUGUUCUUUGUUCUCCUUUUUAUGAUAAAGAGUGAAAUUUUAUUUGGUGUUGUCUGUAGCCAGAAGUGUUACUUAUCCCUGUUACUGGAACCCCCGUGGAUGCCUGCUGCUGUGGGGGAGCCAGCUCACUUGUCUGUCUCCCAGUCAAAGCCGGGCCAUCCCAGCCCCAAGAGUGUUCCUGUGGUCUAGCUGUUCUGCUCUCAACACUGUUCUUUUCAUUCCCACAUUUUGCUUGCCCUCCAUUCCCUGAUGUCAGCUCCUGGAUCCUCCCUUUUGAAUUCUCAAGGUUUGUUUGUCAAUAAAUAUUGAUAAGAGCUAGAAA